UGAACAACAGCCUCAUACCACAUCCUCUGCCUCAACACGAUACACCGUCUCACAGUCUUCCAAAAUGCCCAACGACUUAACCGGCGACCCAAAUCAACAUGAUCCUACCAAAUUUGCAGAGAAGCUCGUCGGAACAUGUCUUUGCGGAAGCGUCACAGUAACCAUCAACGACAAGGAGCUCUUCACCAAGCGACGCGGUCAUCUCUGCCACUGCGCCAACUGCCGAAAAGUGGCCGGCUCAUACGUCGCAAGCAAUCUGCUCAUCGAGCAAGAGAAGGUGACAAUUGAAGACAAAGACGGGACAUUGAAAACAUACGAGGACAAUGCCUCGAUGAGCGGCAAUACAGUAUACAGGACGUUCUGCGGGAAAGAUGGAAAUCCUAUCAAAUCCGAAACUGCUGCCUAUCCGGGCAAAGUCGUUCUCAAGAUGGGAAUUUAUCCGAGAAUUCCGCAGCCCGAGAUGGAAGGCUUUGGUUUGCACAAGCAUGAUUGGCAGGGCUCUCAUGAUGGGAUCGAGACUUAUGAGAUCAAGUGGGCUGGUCCAGAUAAGAAGUUAUUGGGCCAGGAUGAUGGCAUGGUCUCGAAGUGUGUAUGAAGCUGCCUUUGCCUCGUUAUGAGAGGAGGUAUUUCCCAUCGAUCAAGUCUUCGUCGACAGUUCAUUCGAAGUGAUUACAGCUCGCU